AUGGCUCGAUGCUUAGGAUCUACAAUGGGAAAAUUGAAGGAAGCUGUUGUCCAUGUUGGCCGCAAAACGGGUGGAGUUUACCUUCGAGCGAAAGUGUCCAUCAAUAUCAACCGCCCACUUCCUCUCUCGGUCACGGCCUCUCACGAAGAUCGUAGUAAGGGGUUAUUCAAAGUUUCAGUCUAUUAUGAAAAACUACCUCUCUUUUGCUUUUGCUGUGGUGUUUUAGGACACACCAGUGCUCACUGCGAUCUCAAAGAUACGAUGAAUGGGAACGACCUCCCCUACGGCAAACACAUCCUGGCUUUUGACAAAGGUCCUAGUGUGGAUGAGCACACUCUGCGCAAGAAGAUUGCUCAUUUCUCCUGGAACUGUCAUGACACGGAGAGGGCUGGUGAUUCACAUGCCCGCAACACUUCAGGGCUGCAACGGUUAUCUCUCGGAGCUGAUCUUCUUCGCCAACUGAUCCUCUUCGCCAUGCCUGGGGUCUCAUCCUCUUCGCCAACUGAUCCAAAUCCAUGCAAGCGGGGAUUGCUGGAGGAGGGUGAAAUCCCACCUGCUUCCAAGGUUCUUUGCGUGGAGGACACUGCAGGCGUACAACCCACAGCUAUUGAUACUAUUCAGGUAGAGGAAACCGGCCUUGCUCGGUCCCAAUCCCAGAUAUGA